UCCACACCAAUCUGGAUUAAAACAGGACGUGUCUUAUCUCAAUGGGAGUUCUCCAUUUACUUGUGUCUGUUUACGUGAGCUGGACCGGUUUGCUAUACUGACAUCUCUGAUUCCCUAGACGAUUUUAUUGAAGGAUUUCUGGUAGGUCCCACGUUCAGACAAGAUGUGGUGUCAUUGAAACAUUGGUCUCCUUCAAUUCACAGUUUACCUUUUUUACUGGGAAGCCUCACUUUAUUUUACGGCUUAGGCCUACUGAACUUAUGAAACAAUGGCAGAAGGAGAGACGGAGUCACCUCGGCCUAAAAAGUGUGGUCCAUACAUUUCCUCUGUCACCAGCCAGAAUGUGAAUGUGGUGAUCCGAGGGGUGGUACUCUUCUUCAUUGGAGUCUUCCUUGCAUUAGUUUUGAAUUUGCUUCAGAUUCAGAGAAACGUGACACUUUUUCCACCAGAUGUAAUCACGAGCAUUUUUUCAUCUGCCUGGUGGGUUCCACCAUGCUGCGGCACAGCCUCAGCUGUGAUUGGACUAUUGUACCCCUGCAUUGACAGGCAUCUAGGAGAACCACAUAAAUUUAAGAGAGAGUGGUCCAGUGUCAUGCGCUGCGUAGCAGUGUUCGUGGGUAUAAAUCACGCCAGUGCUCACUGGUCUCAGAAAGUAGACUUCGACAACAACUUCCAGUUUUCCCUCACACUGGCUGCACUGUCAGUAGGACUGUGGUGGACUUUUGACAGAUCUAGAAGUGGUUUUGGCCUUGGCGUUGGGAUUGCUUUCUUAGCAACCGUUGUCACCCAACUGUUAGUCUACAAUGGUGUUUAUCAAUACACAUCUCCAGAUUUUCUCUAUGUCCGUUCUUGGUUGCCAUGUAUAUUUUUUGCUGGAGGCAUAACGAUGGGAAACAUCGGUCGUCAACUGGCAAUGUAUGAAUGUAAAGUUAUUGCUGAAAAAUCUCAUCAAGAAUGAAGAGGGCAGCCAUCUUAGCUGUUCUGUGAAAGCCAUGGGGAAGCAGCAUGGGUGUGAGAGGCACACCAAUGGAACUUUGGACUGGAAAAUUGCAAGAACACAGUUUUUUCU